AUGGAGAUGAUUGUACCUGCUUUUCCUCUAACCAUCAUUGAAAACAACGAGGAAAAAGUUUUUCCAAUAAAACGUGCUUAUGAAAAAUUUAAAAUUCGAUUGAAAUUUCAUUUAAAAAGUUCAAAACUCAUUGACUCAUCAAUGAACGAAUUGGUUGAUAACGGAAAUAGAUAUGAUGAAAUGAUUUUUAACGACUUCAACGGCACAAUUCUAAACUCCCUUGAAGUCAUCACAAAUGGUAAAAAUGAAAAUUUAAAACAUAUACAUGAACAAACAAACAAACAUUAA